CGUUCUCGUCUCUCUGAUGUUGUGGUCGUGUGUGUGGGCAGUUGGGUUUGAAUGAGACGUCAUGACUGACAGCUGAGACUGACUCAGGAUUGGUCCAACAUGUGUGUGGGCGGGACCACACGGCGUCUUUAUUUACACGUUACUUGUUAUUUAUUAAACGUACGUGAACACGGAACCUUCCAUGUUUGUUUUUGUUUGUUUCAGAAAAACAGAUUCACGUGACGACAUCAUCCAGACAACAAACCACCCGAGACACACACACACACACACACACACACACACACACCAUGUCUGACCUGUGGACCUUCUCCUCGUCGUCUCCUCCCAUCAUCCAUCAGUCACCUCCUCCCCUCUCCUCCCCCUCAUCACUCAGAAAGCAUGGAAACACUCCUUGCUUCUUCCCUCCUCCUCCUCAUGUGACCUCCCCUCAGCACCUCCCUCCUCAGCACCUCCUCUCCAGCCCUCAUCAUGAUCCAGGUUUGAUCAAUCUAAACUGGAGGGAAUCUGAACUCUCCUCCUUCAACAGUGUUUUCUUCCAGAACCAGAACACGGCUCCUCUGGAUCUGCAGAACAGUCCUGGCGUGACUCACCAGCACGACACGCACAGAUUCUCUUAUAACGCUCACACGCUUGUUCCCGGAGGUGUGUGUGGACACGGCGACACCCCUGGUCAGGGUCAGGACCCCUGGGGGCCUCUGGAGACGACUCUGCCCCAGACACAGUGCCCUCCGGUGGGCUCCAUGUCUGGAGGAGUCGGCCUGGAGAGGUGGAGCUCAGCAGAUUUCAGCUCAUCAUCAACUGGCGACGUCUUUAACACACAGUUCUUCCCUGACGGUUACCAUGACGGUUACCAUGACGGGUACCUCCCACAUGUCUUCUGCAGCCCCACUACUCCUGGUCCCAGUCCUCAUUACCCACAAACCCAGACCAUCUCCAGCCCCGCCCCUCAGAUUCAUCCCAUCAAUGAGACUCUGGGUUUUCACAGAGAAACGCAGCUGAUCCCAGAUCAGACCUUCGACACGUACCCUCUGACCUCUGAACCUCGUCAGCACCACUUUCAUCAGACGAGCCGACACCUCCUCCUCAACCAAACUGAUCUGGACCAGACGAACGUCUUCAACACGAGCUUCUCUCCACAGGGAGGAGGCCAGACUGUGAGCGGUGCUGCCCAAGGUCCAAGCUCCGCUGCUCAGGUGAUGUGGAGCGACGAGCCUGGAGGAGGAGGAGGAGGAGGAGGAGGAGGAGGAGGAAGAGGAAGAGGAAGAGGAGGAAGAGGAAGAGGAGGAAGGAGGGGGAGAGAGGCACAACCACAGGUGACCUUGAUGAAAAGUUCACAACCUGAAAACGAAACAAAGGUUUUAGACAACAGGCUGCUGUGCACAGUGUGUAAGAGAGAUUUCAGGAGUCUCCCGGCGUUGAACGGUCACAUGCGCUCGCACAGCGUCUUCAGAUCGGCCACGUGUUUGAAAAAGGUUCAGUCGCACGUUUUAUUCUGA